AUCACUCGCGUGCCGCCACUCAAAGCCGACGGUUGCUGUGUGCCGUUUGUGCUUCGAUCUCCUACUGGAACAAACGAAAAAACGAACCCACACGCACAAGGGGGCGCCUUUUGCUACCCUUCGUAUCCCUUUCGGAGGCAUUUUUUUUUUGCUUCUCCUGUUGUUUGCGGUUCCCGCGAAGGAGCCCAUUCUCGAGUGGACAAUUGUGUCACAUUCCGGCGUGCUCCCGAACGCACCAGCACCAGCAGCAUCGUCAGUCGUUCGGUGUCCAUCCGCGAAUCCGGUCGCACAAAUCAGUCGCAGCAGCAUUCAGGAAGUUGUAUGGCCAAGUGUAUUCAAAUCGUUUGAGCGAAUGAUAUGGUGAAAUUAUAGUACAGUGAACGAAUUAUGCGAACAAAUCGAGCGUUUUGUGGUGUGUUAGCUAGGAGCUGAAUUCGAAUUGAAUUUUUCACACCGGAAACGAAUGUGUCCCUAUCCCUGCAAACAUUCUAACGAUAGUUCCUGCCGCAAGUGACUCAGUGUUUACGUGUUCGGGUGUGUGUGUCUGCCGUGUAGUGGUAGCUUUAUAUGUGGAACGAUACUACUUUAGUGUGAAGUUAUCAACCAAACCUCAAACAGUGUAGUGUGCAGCGAAGAAUUUGCCUUGGUGAAGCUUUAUGUCGAAGAAGAGCAGCGUGUGAUACGAGCGAAUCGAAGCAUCAGGAAGUGCAGUGCUUGCCACGGGCACAUCAUACACCGGCAACGGUACACUACGGAACCAGCAAGUGACAAGGCAGUGUUAUGGCUUUGUCGCUUCUGCAGGACGCUCAAACAGCAAGAGGAUUAGCCGCCGUCCGUACGUUGCAAGGUAUGAACCGUGACGAGGAGCGCAGCCUGUCGGUCUCACCGCCCCUCACUGGCCAACGCCAGCAGCACCAUCUCGGUAUGAACUUCCAGCACACGCCCUCCCUGUACGGUGGGUUCCACCCAGCCACCGCAUCCGCCAUGGGUAUGCUUGCCCCCCAACUGCUGGCCGCCAACCAGACGGCUGCCGCCGCUCUAAUGGCCGCCGGACUGCCAAUGUCCCUGCGGGCAUCGCUCGCUACCGGGCUCUUCCCACCGCAUGCCGCACUGUUCGGUGCGUGGGCACCACCAACACCGACCAGCAAUAACAGCAGCCCUCCACCACCUCAGAGUCCAAUCUCGCCCGCGCUCAGCCACAAAAGCUCCAAGUCGCUGAAGCUUAGUGCCGCCGCCGCCAACAACAACAACAACAACAGCAGUAGCACGAACAACAAUCACAUCGUGUCCACCACCUCCGAGAUAGUGCCACAGGCGAAGAAGCUUACCAAGCGGAAGCAUCAGGCCGCAUCCCGCAAAGAAUCGUCCGCCGCCCACCAUCACCAUCACCUGCACCAUCUGAUGCGAUCGCCGAGCCAUACGCACCCGCACCAUCUCUCGAUCCCGGUCGACAUACCGGUAAGUCCGGGACCGAUCUCGCCACCAACGUCCGGGUCUUCGCCACAGUCGAACGGCAGUGUGGAGCUUCCGACCACGAUCACGACCACCAGCACCACCUCGAACAGCAUCAACAAUUCCUCCUCAUCGACGUCCUGCUCCUCGGUCGCGUCCCGUGACCCUUCGCGCGAUAAGGUGUUCACGUGCAAGAUCUGUAGCCGCUCGUUCGGGUACAAGCACGUCCUGCAGAACCACGAGCGAACGCACACCGGCGAGAAACCGUUCGAGUGUCCCGAGUGUCACAAGCGCUUUACGCGCGACCAUCACCUCAAGACGCACAUGCGGCUGCAUACGGGCGAGAAACCGUACUCCUGCACGCACUGCGACCGGCAGUUCGUGCAGGUCGCUAACCUGCGCCGGCAUCUGCGCGUGCACACCGGCGAGAAGCCGUACGAGUGCGAGAUGUGCGACCAGAAGUUCAGCGACUCGAACCAGCUGAAGGCGCACAUGCUUAGCCACAGCGGCCAGAAACCGUUCCACUGUGAUAGGUGCAACUCGAGCUACCGGCGGCGGCACCAUCUGCUGCACCACAAGUGCGGUCUGCCGAGUCCACCGACACCGGCCGUGAGUCCUGCCGCCAGCGGCGAUCACCUGUCCGAUCACGCGAAAUCGGUGUGCGGUGGGUCCGAGUCGAGUGAUCUGUCGUUGGACGGGCUGACGAAGAUUCCGACCACACCGGGCAUGUUGUUGCACCAGAAGUUCCCUGGGUUAACGCUUCCGCUUAACUUCGGUCCACUGCCGACGGAGGUGACGUCCGAUGCGGGUACGGCCGCGAUGGAUCUGCGUGCAUCUAGCAGAUCGCGAACACCGCAGCAGAUCGCUCACAUCAAGAGUGAACUGCCGGAGCAGACGGAACCGGAAGAUCUUAGCAUGCAUUCGCCCCGCUCGCCGGUGUCCAUGGAGGAGCUGGACGAGUUGGACGAUGCGGCGACACUCUACCUCAAGCAGCGUCAACAGCUGCUCCAGCAGCAGCAGCAACACCACGGGAUGGAGCUGUAAGCUAGAGACGGAGAUGUACAAGAAAACCACCAAAAAAACACAAACACACAGACAGUCAGACACAACCUCAAGAUGCCAAUCUAUUAAGUAACUAAAGAAUUACUGUUAAGCGUCACCUGGUACUACUGCUGGUAGAGCGGUACGGAUGGGGUGGCGGUCGCUAUACAGCAAACAAGGUUAAUAUAGGAGAAUUUAUAUUAUAUACACACCUCCCGAAACCGUAACUGGGAGGGGGAGAAUUGAAAAUCAAAGUAUGUGUGUGUGUGUGUGUGCGUGUGAGAGAAAGAGGGUGCGAGAGAGAGAGAGAGAGAGAAAUGGAGGGAGAUCCUUUAAAAUCGUACCCUCUUCUAGAGCAUUGUAUAUAUAAAUGUAUGAGCCUUUGAAAUCUCGAUGUACAAAGUAAUCUUAAAACAAAUGUUGCACUUUCUCGCGAUCACUCGUCAAGAUGAUCCUCUCUCUGUACCUCUCUCUCUCUCACACACUCUCUAUCUCCCUCUUUCUCUCGAGGAUCAACGAGGAACAUCACCAUUUUUCCAAGUCACAAAUCGUUCAGGGAGCUUAACACUAGAGCCAGAGCGGCUCUACGUAAGCGAAUUGUUUUAUGUUAAAUGUGUUAGAGAGGCGAGUGUGUUGGUGUGUGAAGAAAAAAAAA